AUGUUCAGGACAUGUUUAGGUGUUGCACCUGUUUACAAUUUUGGAGAAGAUUUUUCGUUAUACGAAGAACGAUUGGAGCAAUUUUUCUUGGCAAAUUAUGUUGAAGAUGACCGAAGAGUUGCAGUUCUGCUAACAGUAAUAGGAGAAAAGGUUUACAAAGUUCUACGUGACCUAUGUGAUCCACAAAAGCCGAAGGAAAAAACUUAUGAUCAGCUGUGUAUGCUAUUACGCGACCAAUUCUCAAAGAAAAUCUCUGUAUUUAAAGAGAGGAAUGAGUUUUAUGACUUAUAUCAAGAAGAAAAUGAAAAAGACAAAUUUGUACAUGGAUUAAGGAAAGGACCUAUACUUGAUAAAGUUUUUGAAUGCACAGAAACUACAACUUUGGAACAAGUAGUUGAAAUGGCUACGAAUAAGGAGGCAGCGAUGGCAACUACAACCACUGACAUUCACAAGAUGGGGAAUUUCAUCAAAAAGUUUCAAGGGAAAGAGGAAAGACAUCGAUCGACUGGUAGUGAUGGUACAACAAAAGAGAAAAUGGAGUUACACUGCUAUGUCUGUGGUGAAACAAGCCAUGUGUUUUCAAGAUGUCGUUACAAAAAUUAUACGUGUCGUACCUGUGGAAAGGUAGGACAUUUAGCUAAGGUAUGUAAAAAGAAAAAAGAACCAAUUAAAGAAAAUAAGAAAUUUAACGUUCAUUCAAAUGAAGUAACAGAAGUUAAUGAACAAAUUGAAAAAAUUGAUUUUAUAGAAAUGCAUAACCUAGAUACUUUUAAUUCAGUCGAACCAAUUUUUGUAUGUGUUGUUAUAAAUAACCGAAAGAUAAAUAUGGAAAUAGACUCCGGAGCUGGAGUAUCUAUAGCAUAUAAUAUGCUUAAAUCUCAUGUUGCUUUUAGAAAUGUAAAAUUGUACAGUACAAAUACCCAUUUGAAGGCAUAUGAUGGUUCAGUUAUUGUUCCUGAAGGACAAAUUAGUGUAGAGGUUAUUUACGAAGGAAUUCGAAGUAUUUGUAGAUUUCUAAUUGUAAAAAAUGGAUGUAGAUCAUUAAUUGGACGUGAUAUCAUGAAUAUUUUCAAAUUUAAAAUAGAGGGAAUAGUUGAACCAUUGCAUGUAUUAGAUGAAGACUUAGAUAAACUGAUAGCUAAAUAUAGUGAGCUGUUUGGUACCAAGUUAGGUUGCUAUAAACAUGAACAAGUAGAGUUAAGGUUGGUAGAGGAAGUUAAGCCAGUUUUUAUAAAGCCACGACCUAUUGCGUUUGCUUUCAAAUCAGAAAUCAGUAAAGAAUUAGAUAGGUUAGAAAGUAUCGGUGUUAUUUCUAAGGUUGAAAAUUCGCUAUGGGGAACUCCGUUAGUUCCUGUUAUUAAGCCUAAUGGGACUAUACGUCUAUGUGCGGAUUAUAAAAUUACUGUCAAUCCAUUUUUGGAGGAUAUCAAAUAUCCGUUACCAAGAGUUGUAGAACUCUUUGUAGCAUUGCAAGGCGAACUAACAGAGAAAACAAAGUCUUUAUUAGCUUGGAGUACACAUAAGGGGAUUUAUGUACCAAAUCGAUUACCUUAUGGCACAAAACCUGCCUGUGCUUUGUUUCAGAAACUAGUUGAAAAGGUGUUGCAGGGUUCAGAAGGAGUGAUAAACUUUUUAGAUGAUGUUGUUGUGACGGGAAAGGAUAGGGAAUAA